CUCGAACUUCUGGUGGAUUCCCUCUUAAUGCUUUCCACAUGCGUUAUGUAUACUAUAUAUGCUAUAAUAUACUAAAUAUUACCUGGCAGGACAGGUAUGCGCUGGCUGGGCCAUGUACAUGUACAGUAUAGUGUACACGGAUGAUGGCUGCAUCCCCAAGAAUUACCCUAGAGGCAGGUCACAGCUACGUUUUAAGGACGUCUGCAAAAGGGACCUUAAGGCCCUGAGCAUCAGUGCAGUGCAGAAAGGCCUCUCCAGCCUUGAAGCAAUGCCUGCCCAGCAGUCCAAGGAGAAGAGGCAGAAAAGGAAAGGUCGAAGACAGGGAGGGAGACCACCACCAGUCUUUGUCUGCAGUUGCUGUGGGAAGGACUGCUAUUCCUGCAUUGGUUUGUCCAGCCACACAUGGGGCUGUACCACAACCUCUAUCCAAAGCACCACUCCAUAGUCUCUAAGACUGACAGAUGCCAAUUAUAUACUUGUUUGUUAGAUCAUAAGAGCAGCUAAGAGGGCUUGUAUUGUCUAGUCCUUUGAGCUGCUGUCAUUCUUUUUUUGUUUUUUGCGUCAGAUUGUUAGAUAUUAUCAUGCCUGCAAUGAAUAACACUUUUUUCCUUUUUGUUAGGUCCUCCAUCUUUAGUGGUUGGUGAAUCAGGGGGAGUCAAACUGUAUUCUGUCACACAACAUACUGAUGUAAACUCUGAGGAUGGUGAUGUAAAGUUUGUCACUAGUCAUAUCCCCUUUCCUUCAUCAGAAAUUGGAAAUACUGUGCAAGAUAUCCAGCGUGCAUCGGCAGAUGGUUGUGUUUUGUGUGACAGCUCUGGUGACCUGUGGUACUUUCACCCUCCUCAUCUGCAACAGAUCAUGCUACCCAGUAGUCAAGGUGGCCACAGUGUUUUCGCUGUCCAGGCCAAACAUGGUCAGACGGAAGGAUGGCUUGCAACAGUCAAUCAAGGCCAGACUAUUAACCUUUACAAACUUUCUGAUGUGAUAAAGAGCACAGAGGCAGGAUUGAUUACACAGCCCUGGCAUAUGAUUCUAUCCCAACAGCCCAUUAGUGCACUGUCAUUCAUUGAGGACAAUGUGUUAGCUGCUGGCUCAAACUCUGUCAAAUCUGUCUCAUUGUGGGUUGGGAUUGACAACAUAGGCUCCACUAGACUGGAGACUGGAUGACUCUGCUUCAUCUGGUGAUCUACUUUAGCUGCUUCGGCUACGGUUAAAUUUAACACAGUCGCCAUUUGGAAGGCCCUGGAGCCAUGUCUGGCCCCUUCCAGUGGAGUUAUUUUACAAAACGCUGAACAAAGGUGGUAGCAGAAACCCAUUACAGGCUGUCGGAUGAAAGACAUUAAGAUACUUUUCGAUACCCAAUACUUCGUUCUCUUUUGUAUAUUUUUCUCAGCUAUGUACUUAUUAUCUUUUUAAAAAGGUUUGACUUUUAAAAUUUUGCACAGUCCCGAAAAAGAACAACGCAAUUGUUGAGUAUGGUGCUUCUGUUGUCAUCAAUAAAUAUGACAGACUGAAAUACAGUUUGGGUUUCUUUUGAUCGUUCAGCAGGAAAUGAUGUGUCCGGGAUCAAAUUUUAAAAACUAGCCCGAUGGACAACCUCGUUUCCAGGGUCUCUCAUCUUACCGCCCCCUGGAGAUGGAAAGAUGGAAAGAUCUUGGAACAUGACCGAAACAGUUUUUGUUGGGGGCCUAGAUCUACUCUAACCCGCCAAGGGCGAGUCAAUGUUUAUGGACUCCUACAAAAUAAAUAUGCUCGUUGUUUUGUUUGCAAAGUUGUUCGUGCCAAGCAGGCGAGUUGAGGGAAGUUGGUCAAGAUCCUUACGCUGAGUGCCUCUGAAUGAGGAAAAGAAAGAACGUGGCAAAAUGGACACGCCGCGGGAAAGUUGUUUAUUGAAAGGUGUACCUUUAUAUAACGUCACAGUCCUGUAAAACCUUCUACGCAGCGAAGAAGACUAAGUCGUGUGAACUCAGCUAAUUAAAGUGCUUCUGGGCAUUUCAUUGUUCACCACAGCCAAGCAGAACAUUGAAUGUUCUCGACGGGCGGUUUUAUUGUUUCUUAUUUACUCAGCAACGCAAACCAUGAAGGGAACUUGCAACCGUUCUAAUCAGAACGUUUUGUCGAACAACUAAAAUUAAACUAAGCAUUGAUUUUAGCUUGCUAUGUUUCUAUUAGUUUUUUCGUGGAAUGUGAAAUAUGCCCUUUUAAUUGCAGAUGGUUGCGUGCCGAGUUCAGCUCAAGUCAAUUUAACAUUAAAAGGGUUAAAAAGUUACUUUUGCGGUAAUCCACUUUUUACACACUAACACGAUGAUAGGGUAAUGGCCCAUUAGUUUAUUUAUGAGGGUUCAAUUGAAGACGUGAUGAAAAUGUUUUUUCACAAAGCCACAUAGCUUGCGCGAGCUUGCGCAAUCUUGUCAUACGCAAACUCAGAUCAAAUCGUGACGUCAUUAAUGCCCACUGCAGCAGUCUUAGUUGAGCUGCAUUACAAUUCUUUUGUUUUCAACUGUAAACAUGUUAUGUCAACAAAAAUCUUAAGCAAUUUAAGGUGUCCUUCAAAAGCUUUGCUUAUCUCAUUUCGUAGACAAGUUCCGUUUGCGCACGUUUUGAGUCGGUUCUUGAGGCUUUUCGGUCUGCGUGCGCCGCCGCAUACAGAUAUUUUCAGGGGUCAAAAGCUACGCUCUACCUGGUGUUUUCUUAAGUUAAUGGGCUACUCGAGGCUACUCAUCGUGUUAAGAAUAUGACAUUAUCGCCAGGAUGUGAUCUGCAUCCUUAUCAACCCAGUUGUUUUACAUAACCCUAAUAAAAAUAUGCACUCAAAUUUCUUGACCAUGUCUAAUCUCAGUGUAAACAGGAUCGAAUUUAACUUCACCGGUCUAUAUAAAUCCUUUGGCAAUAUACCUUAGUCUCUUUGACUUAUGUCACCAGAAUUGACUACACCCGGACAGGACACAGUAUUCAUUGAUUUCGCUGCAAAGCGAUUUGUUCGACUGAUCGCACAAUUGGAUGUGACCUUUAAGCCACGGUUUAUUAAUUGCUUACUAAGCUGUGAAAAAUUGUCAGUCUUUGAAUCACGAUUUUAUAAAUUAAGUACACAGCGAAGAUUUCAGCCGGAGAAGACAUUACACGACAUACUCGAGAGUAUUUUCCCGAUUUUGCUUUCACUGCAAGAUGAAGAAACCGGACGAGGGCAUUCUGCAAGCUGUAGCUGUUUUGUUGCUCUCUGCUCUCGCCUUAGCUCAAGGUGGGCGGGUAACAAAGAUAACUCCAAAUACUGGAAGUUUGCAAGGAGGGACAAAAUUAACAAUACAUGGUGAAGGAUUUGCAGAGGACCAGUUUAACGAGUUUCAAAAGGAAUUGGGCAAUAACGUCACCCUUGUGUCAGUGUCGCGUGCCCAUAUCGUACCUUGUGACGUCAUAACGUAUUACACGACCCAGUAUCAAAUCGUUUGUCUGACAAGACCCUCAUUGUCAGGAGAAGACAGUUAUAACAUAAGAGUGCUGGUGGAUGGGAAGUGGUUGGAUAACAGUGAUGGAAGAGCGUAUUGUGGAGGUGAAUGUGUGUUUAAGUAUACCGAGGACAGAACUCCUACAAUUACCUCAUUAACACCAAGAUAUGAAUUGCCAGGGACGCUUUUAACAAUACGUGGAAGGAUGUUUACCGAUCAAGUUAUGGAAACAGAGGACUUUGACCCCAGCAUGCCUACCAUUGAAAGGAUAUAUGCUGGUGCGGGUCUUUGUGAGAUAAAAGAUCCAGAAACGGAACAACUGUAUGGGAUGAAAAUUGAAGACAACGUGGCGAAGAUUGGUUACAUCAAAUGUAAGCCUGCAUCCACAGUGAUCGGAUCCCAGCGAGUGUCAUUCCUGGUCUCUGGAUAUGGGCGAUCUCAGAUGUUUAAGGAUGUCAUUUCAGUUGAUUCACAGGACAAGCUUUAUCUAUUCCAAACUCACGCAGAUAUUUUAGAAGUCAGUCCUUCUAUUGGUAGCACGGCAGGUGGAACAGUUCUCACCAUAAAAGGCAAAGGUUUUGAUGAGCGUGCCACCAAGAUUUCAGUUGAAGUAGCAGGAGUUCCUUGUGAAAUACUAUUGAUGGAAAAUGACGCCAUUAAAUGCCAAACAAUGGAAGCUCCUCCUGCAGAUAAAUAUGAUUUUUAUUCAGGAUCACGUGGUUUAUUACGUGAAGUUUGGACUAGCACCAGACCCUUGUCUGUAUCGGCCGUCGGAGGUCUGAAAACGACUGCUGCAGACUACCACUUGGAAGUGUUACCCGAGGCAAGCUCUCCAACCCAGGCCUCGUUUGGUGAAUCAACGUCAUUCAGCGAUCGCCUCGGAGGCUUCUUCGUUCCUCCUUCGGACAAUAACUACACGUUCUACAUUCAAGCCGAUGAUCAGGCCGAGUUGUACUUGAGUAUGAAUGAAUCUGCGGCUGGCAAAACGAAAAUCGCAUCCUGUCUCAAGCCAUCAACAAGCUGGUCUGCUUCACCCGAACAGAAGUCAGCGGUUUUCUUUCUCAAGAAAGGACAGCGUUACUACAUCGAGGCUCUGCACGUACAGGAUGGCGGGAAAAGUCACGUGAUGAUUGGAGUUAAAAUGCAGAAAACACGUUACGUGAACUCGCAGACUGGUUCGGCAGUGAACGAAAAACAAGAAAUUCUUAUUAAAUCAAUAAAACAUCCAGAAGUGCAAAUAAUCAACAUUUCUAGCUGGGAUGACGGGAAAAUGUUUGAAGUCCAAGAAAUAGAGGUGACACCAUGUAACCAAAGUCAAGGAAAUAUUACUGUUUGCAUCGACUUGUUUUCUCUAAGCUAUGACGGAGUCAACACGACUUCUGUGUCAAUGAACAAUCUGACCGCUGAAACCCUUCAACAAGCACUCAACAAUCUUACAAGUGUCAGGAAGCAAGGCAAAGUAAAUGUGACAGAGCUCAUCAAGAGCAAAAACUCCACAGCUUAUAGAGUUACCUUCUACUUCAAGAACCCUGAAGAAACACGAAUGCUGUUUUAUACCUCUGUGACAUCCAAUAUGACUUCUGUUAAAAUCACACGCUUACAGAAAGGUGUUCCUGGUAACUACUGGUUCAAGUUGUCCCUGGCUGGAAGAACAUCAGAACGCAUUCACGUCGACGCAUCAGAUAACGACAUCCAACAACAACUAAAAAACAUGACAAACUGGUACUGUAGUUACCAGACUCCACCCGGACAAGCCUACUAUUAUAACGGGUUUGAGAGUUCGUCGCAGGGCCCUGAAUGGGGUGAAAGAGUCUUCAAAUCAAAACCUCAUUGUGGUCGGUUCUCCUUGAAGAAUCCUCAAUAUAUAUUCUAUAGUGGCCAGACCAAAGAUAUGUGGGGGAGAGUCUUAAGAGGCUACGACGUAACAAGAUACCAACAGCUUUGUUUUUCAUACAAAGGAAAGAUGAAAGACUUCAUCAGUUUUCGUAUCUCAUACACAGACGAGUCCGGUGCUGACCGGCGAUCAUGGCGGAAGUACAGUAUUGUUAUUGUCCCGGAUGAGAAAUGGAAUUCACUGUGCAUGAAUGUUUACGAUCAGAUCUUACAUGAUGCUUAUAUCAAGGCCGACUUACGCUAUAAGGUUUACGUGGAGCUCAUCAGCGUGACACGUGAUGCAGGCGUGGACCUUUAUAUUGACGACGUUUUCAUCUGGAGGGACCCUGUAAUGGUACAAAGACUGCUUCCUGCUGCCGAGCCUGGUGAUAACAUACUCGAAGAUGUGACCGUGCAGAGCCUAGGACCAAGAGCUUGGUCUGUCUCACUAACUCCCUCUUCUUGUGGGACUGGGAUCGAACUCCUGCAGAUUGCAGAAGCCACCGUGGUCAGUGGUAACGCUACAUCUGACCAGGCGAUAUUUAGACCAGUCAACGCGUCAGAGAGUUGCAAUAUUGUUGUAUCACGUGAUCAAGCUUCAACUCCUCCAGUUGGUGGAACGUUCGAUAUCUUCUUGGAAAAUGAGAAAGUUAAAGGUAUCCCUGCUAACGUAUCUGCAGACGAGUUCAAAUCCAUUCUCGAAAACAAUUUCGACAUCGGUAAGGUCACCGUCAGCCGUGUAGGCACAUGCGCGUCCUAUAACUGGAUAGUGGAAUGGGCCACAACAGGAGGAGAUCAACCAGCCCUGACAGUUAAUGGAACCGGUUUGACAGGAAACAACGUGUCAAUGAAAGCUGUCACAAUCGAUGAUGGAGGAAUGUUCCUAAGACCGAUACCAGGUGACAUGUUGCGAGUGGCAGAAAUCGAGCCACAGGUGACAGUCACGAUGAACAAUAUUCCAUCGAGCUGUUCCGAAAGAAAAUGUUCCUUCACAUUUUCAUCCCCGGACACUCCAACCCUCACCUCUAUAUCACCACAAAAAGGAACUGCCGGAACCGAAAUUACACUCACCGGAAGUGGCUUCAGCUCCAAUAUACAGGAAGUAAAUGUCACCAUUGGUGCAACCACCUGUCACGUGACAAGCUCUAAUGAAACUAUAAUUAAGUGUACCGCUGGUCAGUCAAUUGGCGGAUCGCAUGAUGUUGUCAUGAAAAUUGGAAAUAAGGGAUUUGCAAAGCCCUCAAGUGGACCAGCCAGUUUUACUUAUGAAGUAAGUGUAAGCGGUAUCAAACCAGCCAGGGGAGGUAUUGGAGGAGGAACGCUUGUUACUAUAACAGGGAACGGAUUUGGCGUGACACCUAAUGAUAGCAGUGUGACAAUCGGUGACUCCAUCUGUGACAUAGUUAAUGUCACCAUGACAGAAAUAUCGUGUGUCACGACAUCUCAUGACACAAGUAACGCAAGUGUCAAUGUCGCGGUCGGCAGUGAAGUUGGAUCGAUGUUGAACGCGUUCUGGUACGACUCUGGAAUGACUCCGAUAGUGUCAUCACUGAGUACCUCAGAAGGCAGUGUCAGUGGAGGUGAACAGUUAAUGAUCCACGGCACAGGAUUUGGGUCCCAACAAGGGACGGUAAAAAUAGGUCCUCAUCCAUGUAAAGUGACUUUGUACUCCGACGUGCUUAUAAAAUGCACCACUCCUGCUAGUACUCCUGGGAUGUAUGACGUGCUAGUCUGUGUAGAAGGCAUUGGGUGUGCUGUAGAAGCCGGCUUACGUUCCAGACCACCACAGUUCAACUACAUCUUGUAUGUGAGCGGCAUCUCUCCUGGGCACGGCUCUGUGUUUGGAGGAACAGUUCUGACUCUUGUUGGUCGUGGAUUCAGUGAUAACACUUCAGCAAUUGCAGUAAAUGUUGGUGAUGUUCCCUGCAAAGUCCUGUCAAGUAGAAGCACAAACAUCAUGUGCAGGACGGAAGCAUCGUCUACGGCUCACAAUGUGGACAACACUGGAAUCCACCCGAAGUAUGGUAUUGGUUACGCCUGGAAUCCUCAGACCAUUGUGAUAAACUCUGGCGACUCUGUUCAGUGGAGAUGGACGAGCCCUGAGCUAUCUGGCCUACGCUUUGGUGUGCAGCAGACACGUGACUCGUCUACCUCAGAAUAUGACGGGAAAGGGUUCAAGAGUGCCCGCGGUGGAAGCGGUAACUACAGUCAGCAGUUUAACAUGCCAGGAACUUAUUUCUAUUCAAGCGGUGUAGUGGAUCCUUAUGGAGCUAUUGUCAUGAAAGGAAAAGUGAUCGUGAAUGGCUUCAAGACCAAGUCCCAUGACGUUAAAGUGUUAGUUGGGGGAGUUGAGGCACCUUAUAACUUAUCAGCUGUGAAGCCCACGGCUUCUAAUUCUCCUGAUUGUCAGUCGGGCGUGACUAAUGCUAUCCCACUAUGCUCUUCUUCAGACCCUGCGUUACCAAACAACUCGUCUUUCUUAAGUUUCUCAUUUUGGAAAUGUAGUACACCGGAAGUGACGUCAAUUAUGCCAAACAACGGACGCAGUUCAACCCUCGUCACCAUAAAAGGCAAAGGCUUUGGACUUGCUAAUUGCCAGAACGGGGUCAAAAUCGGCUCCAGUGACUGUGUGGUUCAAAGCUCUGCAGAGGAUAAAAUCACUUGCGUAGUGUCCACAGGAAACCAAUUGAGUGCUGGUCUACUGCAUAGUGUCUCCGUACGAGUGAAUAACAGAGGAUAUGCCGCCAUUAGAAUAGAGAACAGCUUAAACUCUUCAUUCAGCCUGCUGCCCACAGUACAGUUCGUAUCUCCACAGACAGGUUCCAUGAUGGGCGGCUCGAUCCUGACUAUCAACGGAGAUGGCUUCUCUCCUAAUCCUGAUGUAAGGAUCGGCAGAGCUCCAUGUCAAAUUCUAUCAUCUUCCUAUACUCAGAUCAAAUGCCAGACAGCCGCCACCAGUACACCGCAGUCGCUUCCUGUCGUUGUUAGAGUCCAUGGUGUGGAAAGCAACUGUGCCUCCAGCUGCAUGUUCACUUACUCAGCCGCCAAAACUCCCAGAGUAGAUUCCUUAAUACCGUCGGCUAUUGUCGGAGACGAUAACACUAUUCGCAUAUACGGAUCCGGACUCCCGAGCAAAGCGUCGGAUUUGGACAUAAAGAUCGGAAACAGCUCCUGCACAGUAACGUCAUCUUCGGAGUACUCGGCUUCGUGUCGGGUUGGCUCGGUAGUGGCGGGAAAACACGAUGUGAAAAUUCAUGUAGCGGCUGAAGGAUUCGCCAUGUUCGAGGCCGGGGCAUCGCCUGUGAUUGACAGCCUCGCUAUCCUGUUGAGUAUAACGCCGACGGAAGGAAGCAUCAUGGGCGGAACGGAACUGUCAAUCAAAGGAAGUGGGUUUGACCCAGUCCCUGGCCGUACCACUGUGAAGAUUGGUGCUAACUUUUGUUCCAUUGUACGAGUUACGUCAUCGGAAGUGAUAUGUAGGACUUCUGUCCAUGACCCAGGAUCAUUUGAGGUCAUUGUGACAGCAAACAGCAAAGACUUUCCUCGUCUCCGUUACGCUUACCGAACAUUUACGACACCAUAUGUAAAGUCAAUUUCGCCUUCCCGUGGUAAAGGAGGAAAAAACGUUACCAUUUACGGGUCUGGGUUCAGUACAGAUACAGCGGACAUGGACGUGACAAUUGCCAACAGCUCCUGUAGUGUUGUGACCAGCAGCGAAACAAGUUUGACAUGCGUGCUAGAUAAUAGACCAGCAGGGAUAUAUAGCAUCAUUCUGCACGUGGAAGGCAAAGGCUUAUCAGCUUACCCUACAUCUGAAGCCGUGACAUUUGCCUACGAAAUAGCUCUCGCCAGUAUCUCACCGAACGACUGUGGGCUUGGAGGAGGGAGAGUUGUAUCCGUUAAAGGACACGGGUUUGAUUCGUCCACCACUGUAAAGAUCUGUGAUGUUGUUUGUGCCACCAUUAACAGUUCAUUAGACGAGAUCUACUGCGAAGUUCCUGCUUAUACCGGACAGACUGAAAACCCUGAUAUUGCUUGUUCAGUGAGCGUGGUCGGAAGAAAUGAAGUGACGUCAUCCAGGUCGGGGUUGUUCACGUAUCGAGAGUCUCUUACGUCACGUAUUACGUCAGUAAGUCCGUCACGUGGUGGAACAGGAGGUGGAGUACAACUCACCAUAAAAGGAAAUGGGUUCAGUUCAAACGAUGACGACAACAAAGUGACAAUCGCUGGAAUCCCUUGUAAGAUAACUUCCUUCUCUCAAACCGAAAUCCACUGUACAACAGGACCGCGGACAGGCACGAUACAAACCAAGGUACGGGUGGAGGUUGGUAACCGAGGUAUUGCGACCCAGGACCUCGCGGACUUCCAGUACAUCGAUGUGUGGUCGUCGCCGUUCACCUGGGGUUACAAGAGUCCGCCUGGGAAAGGAGACUUCGUUCAGAUUCCCAAAGGACAAACAAUUCUUCUUGAUAUGGAUACUCCGGUUUUCUCUAUUUUGGUCAUUAGUGGGGAGUUAAUUUUCGAUGAGAAGGACCUCACACUAAAUGCUGAAAAGAUUCUCGUUGCUGAUGGCGGAAAACUUCAGGUCGGAACCGAAGAAAGGCCAUUUCAACACAAAGCUAAGAUCGUUCUGCACGGUCACAUGCACAAUAAGCGGUUGCCCAUUUUUGGAACUAAAGUUUUAGCGGUCAGGCAAGGGACUUUGGACCUGCAUGGUAAAGUUGUGCCGAUCACGUGGACAAACUUAGCUACGACCGCUUUGCCAGGUGAUAGCCAGCUCGUUUUAAAACAUGCUGUGACUUGGGAGAUUGGUGAUCAAGUGGUACUCGCCUCAACAAGUCGAAGUCAAAAGGAAAACGAAGAAUUUAACAUAACGAGUGUCUCUAAUGAUGGUCGAACCAUCGGCAUCACUCCACCAGUUAAAUACCGCCAUAUUUCUCUUGUUCAAACCAUCGCUGGAAGGAUUAUAGAAACACGCGCGGAGGUCGGGCUUUUGACUCGAAAUGUUGUUGUUGAAGGUUCGGAAAAUGACGAAUGGACCGAAAGCAUCCCGGAAUGUCCGGAUGGUUUCGACCCUGGUAUUUUUGCAGUUCAAACCUGUUUCCAGGGACGCUAUGGUAAGGCAACGGCAAGCGAGCAGUUUGGAAGCCAGAUUAUGCUCAACCCAAAAAUGCCGAGUGAGGGACUGGUGAUUGGUAGACUUUCUUACAUCGAGGUGCGCAAAGCGGGACAAGCCUUUGGACUGGGUCGCUACCCAAUUCAUUUUCACCUGAGUGGUAACGUGACCGGAUCUUACGUCCGCGGCUGCGCAAUCCAUCACACCUUCAACCGUGCCGUGACAGUACAUGGCGUAUCGGGGUUACUUGUCGAACACAACGUUGCGAACGAUGUCAUGGGUCACGCAUUCUUCAUCGAGGAUGGAAUAGAAACUGGUAACACCAUACAGUACAACUUGGGUGUUGCUGUGCGGACAUCCAGUACACUUCUGAUAACUGAUGUCACGCCAGCGACAUUCUGGGUGACAAACCCGAACAACACGAUCCGUCACAAUGCGGCAGCCGGCGGCAGUCAUCAUGGAUAUUGGUACAAUUUGCCUACCCACCCGGGGGGUCCCUCGUUCACCACCUCUGUCUGCCCAAGCAAUGCACCAUUAGGAGAAUUUCAGAACAACACGGCUCAUUCGUUCGGAAGGUAUGGCGUGUGGAUCUUUAAAGAGUACUUCCCGAUGCAAGGAGGAAGUUGUGUUUCGAAAACAUCCGCACCCGCCAAGUUCUACACACUGCUUGCCUACAACAACCUUAAAGGCUUCGAGCUCACAAGCGGUGGAGCUAUUCAGACAAUUAACUUCACUGUGCUAGACAACAAAGAAGCUGGUCUUGAGUUUACCAACCUAGUCGCUCCUUGGGGAGAAAAUGGACCUUUAGUGAAGGAUUCUCUCGUGGUAGGACAUAGCGAUGUGAGCGGAGGUCCCUCAACGUGCACUCAAGGAGGACUUGUAGCACCGCAAUCUUCGCGCCUCACCGUCUCUGGGACAACGUUCGUGAACUUUGACGCGCCGUCAUGCGCUGCACUUCGUGGAUGCUCAUUCUGCCAUGCGAGAGAGGGAGGUUUCACUACGAGAUUCGAAAAAACACAGCUGAUAAACUCGCCAAACAAGGCAGCCUUCAAAUGGGAACACGAGAGCGUCUUUGAAGAUCUUGAUGGAACUUUAACAGGUUUGUCAGGAGGAGGGAGUGUUGUCCCUUCAAACCCCAAUCUUCCUCCAAAUCACUGUUCUCAAUCUCCCAACGCAAGUGUAAUCCACGUUUCCGGAAGUGUGUGUGACUCGACGGUGCGUUUCCGCCGGAUGUCCUGGAACAAAGCGCUCCCAAGUUCCCUGCUUUAUCGUGACGCUCUGUUAACAAAUGAACAUGGAACAAGCCGAGUUCCCUGGGAAUUUAUGAGGCUUACUCACAAUCAAGGCUGGAUGGCGACCGUAAUUCUGGGACAAAACUAUAAUUUUAGUUUUGACAACGCUCCUCAGCUCACCAACAUUUCAUACAGUGGGGCACUCUAUGAAUUUAAUGCCGAGGACUUCAUCUGGAUGACUCACCCCAUGAAACAGGAUCCAGAUAUGAUAUCUAUAACUGGCAAGUUUGUCAACAUGUCCAGCGGUAUACCGUCUCCAGACAAUGCGUCAAAUGGCGACUGGUACUACAACAACUUCACCAAAGCACUGACUUACAUCGUAUCAGGAAAGGGAGCAGCGGGACUUGUUGACCGAAAUAUUAACAUGCACGUUGUACGUUGCUAUUUCAAGAACUGUAUCAAACCAAUUCCACCCCCACCCCCUGAGAAACGUCCCUUAGUAUUUGCUGUGUGGUCAGACCCGGACGCCUGGUACGGAACAGAGCCUGGAUAUGGAGGCCACAACAAACAGCUGCCUCAAGACGGAGAUGACGUCAUCAUCCAACAGCACUGGUGGAUGGUAGCGGAUACUGAACUCCCUUACAUGAGAAAACUCUUCAUAUACGGCACACUAGAACUAGAACCUUACAUGGACUUUGUCCUCAACGUAACGGACAUCGUGAUUGGUCAAGGAGGUAACCUCAUCAUUGGCUGGGAAGAUCAACCAAUGACUGGCAAUGUAUUAAUUAGUCUUAACGGAAAUAUGGACAACCCAGACAUUCCGGUCCAAGGUGGUCCUAAUAUUGGUUCUAAAGCUAUAGGUGUGUUCGGGAACUUGGAGAUCCACGGCCUAAAUAGAUCAGUGUACUGGACCCGACUUAGCAAAACCGCUGACCCAGGAAGCAACGUCAUCUAUUUGCAAGAGGCGGUGGACUGGAAAUCAGGGGAGGAAAUUGUCAUUGCACCGACUUCGUUUGAACCCUACGACACUGAAAUCUACAAGAUAGUUAACGUCUACCAUGAUCGCAAAACCCUUGAACUGAAUGAUACCCUGAAAUACAGACACAUUGCCGAGUCAUACACCACAGGGAACUGGAACUACACAUUAGCCGCUGAGGUGGGACUGCUGACCAGGAACAUCGUGAUUGAGGGCGCUGAUGAUGCCGAUCAAGUGCUUGAUAAACAGUCGUUUGGAGGUCGCCUCUUGAUUGGUUCAUUUGAAGGCAUGGAGUCAACUAACCGAAGGGUUCGUGUGGAGAAUGUUGAAUUUCGCCAUUGUGGACAGGAAGGGUGGCCUGAUUACUUUGAUCCAAGAUAUUCACUGGCAAUCUUGGAUGCCGGAAAUCUGAAGUCAUCUUACAUCCGGGGUAAUUCAUUCCAUGACGGAUUCAACACUGCUAUUGGUGUAUUUGGGACAAAUGAGUUAACUGUUGUCGAUAACGUCAUUCACCACACAGUCGGCUCGUCCGUUAGAGUCUGGGGCAGGAAUAACAAAGUUCUCCAUAACUUGGCUGUAUUGAGCGUUUCACCAGCGACCUACAAAGGGAGAUACGAGGUGAAUAACAAACUCUGGCAUGCUUCCUUUGACAUCAGCAAGGCAUCCAAUAUUGUUCUUCGAGAAAAUGCGGCAGCUGGAAGCGAAAGGGUUGGGUUCCACAUCCGGGGUGAAAGUUGCUAUGGAGAUAAGUCUGAGGAACGAUGGGAAGCUAACUUUGCUCACACCACCCUACACGGGAUCCACAUUGGCUUUAACGACGGACUGCCUGACUGUCUCAAGAUCGCUCAUUUUGUUCUUUGGAAAAGCUGGGAUUUUGGCGUGUUUGGUUAUCCAGCCUCUCGAGUUAUUAUUCAGGAUACAGUUGUUGCUGAUAAUAACUUAGGAAUUCACGUUAACGUCUGGAGUCCUCCCGCUCUCUCUCACAAAACCGCUGACAAGUUUGUUCGCCUUGACCGAGUCCUAAUUGUCGGUACCAGUCCCAGUUUUGACUGCGUCAGUGACUCGGUUGUGCCUCGAAACUCCGCCAUCACGAAGCCACUCCGCGCGCCGCGCUCAAAAGGAGGCGGCCAUAUUGGUUUUAUGCUGACAACGUUUUCGUCAUCAACUAGCCUGGCACCAAAGUCACCCUGGCACAGUGUAGAGAGUUAUCCAGCAAUACGAGGCGUUGUUGAACUUAACAACGUUGGAUUCGCGCAUUUUGGCACAAAGUGUGGUCACGACAGUGUGGCAUUAACAACUAAUCCUAUGUCUCCAGAUGCCUUCCAUCCAGUCGAGACAAAAGCCAUCUCUUUGUAUAAUGUCGAUAACGACAAGUUAUUUUAUAUAACACCAUCAAAUAUCGGGUGGAUAAACCCUUCUGACUGUAUCGAUAUGGACUGUGAUGGCGCCAAACACGUGCUCAUCAAGGAUCUGGAUGGAACUCUCACUGGUGCUUCCGGCGGAAGUGUCAUUUCCAAGGCUGAGUACGAGUGGAAUGGAGAUCCAAGGAGAGGCCUAGGCGAUUACCGUAUACCUAGAGGUUUUCUGACGUCAUUAGAUAGUUCACGUCUGAACGCCUCUGUCGUUGCACCGCAUCACGGGAUUGUGCGAGGAACGCGUGCGCAGAGCUUUUGCUCGUGGAAUUCUGCAUGGAAUGCGUACAAUUGUACCAGUUUGGACUAUCACAUGUUUGUCAUCGAGAGUUUGGACGCUGACACAGAACUUCGCAGACUCUCUCCAGUUGCUUUGUCAUCCAAUGGCUAUACCGAUCUGCUGAAUGGACCAAUGGAUCAUGGCUGUUGCUUUGGAUACGCGUGCAUGGAGCGAAUAUCCACAUUCUUCUCUAUUGUGGCAACCCAAAACAACUAUACUGUCUAUUUCACAGGCACCAAUCCUCAAAGUCUCCGACUGACUUUGCUAAACGCAGACAGCUCUCAAGCCCUGCGCGUUGCCAUUUGGUACACCACACCCCAACGGUUGGACGUAUACCGCGCAGGUGUCUACAUGUACCCGACUAAUGCUAAACUCGAUGAACAGAACUUCAGCUACAAAAAGAAAGACCCCAAUCUCCCGGAUGACCAGUUUGAGCCUCCGCUUACAAGCAACAGCGGAGCUAACUACUACGAUCGAGAAAGCCAACUGUUUUAUGUAGUGGUUAAAGGAAAUGUCGCUGUGGACAUAAGAACUGCUCCUGUUGUACAAGUCAAACUUGGAAGCAAACCUGUUCAUUUCAACGACUUUUUUGAAAAGAAUUUAAUCCAAAAUCUGGCCUCUCUUCUUAAUAUCGACGAGUCCCGCAUUCGGGUGGUCGAGAUCGUAAAUGCUGCCGGGAGCUCACGAAGACGUCGAAGAGAACCCGACGAUAAGACGAUGACCGUCACUAUCGAGAUCGGUGAUCCGCCGCUGCCUAGCAUUGCUUACACGCCAGAGGACAAGUUUGUCCCUGAAAAUUCAAGUUUCACCACCGCUCCUCCAGUUACCAUAACAACCACAGCCUUACCAACCCAGAACCCCACAGAUCACUACGUUGCUCUCCAGUCGUUAGCGUCGAAAGCUGUCGAGGUAGCCCAGACAGGUCGCAUGGCUUCCUCACUCAAACUCGACAUGGUAUCGAUUGAAGUCACGGAUCCCGAACCUCCUCGAAAACUCCCGAAAGGAUGGACACGAGCCACGCCCGCAGAGGCGGGACCAAAGAAUGGUACAUGGCGGUUUGAUCAGGUGGUGUCCAUGAAAGAAGGCAACAAGACCAAUCCAGUUCAUGAUUACCUGAUUCCUGUUCGACUGAUUGUGAUGCAAGAGCCUCAAGGAGCCAAUGAAACUGUUCCCUUCCAAGUUCAACCAAAGCUUAUGAUGGUCGACAAGCUUAACCGCACUGUACGCAUGCUGGGACAUGGGUACCAGGGACAGUGGUAUGUGACAGCGUUCAUCAAGAAUGGAAGUGGAGAUCCUGAUGCCUUGUUAGGCGGAAAUAUAACUGUACCUUUCUCUGAUGGCUGGGCAAACUUUACCAACCUGAACAUCAGCCACAAUGGCACCGAUUACGUCUUAGAAUACAACAUAACCUUCCCCUUUAAAGCAAACUUUACAGCUCUGUCAGAGCCGUUUGAGGUCAAGGAGCGAGUCUUGUACUUCACACUUGUUAGUCACCCACGUAAUGCCAACGAAACUGUUCCUUUUGGUCAGCAGCCUUUGGUAGAAGUCCGCGACGCUGCUAACGGAGAAGUGGUGACGAAUACUGGAUGGAAGGGCAGGAAGUGGAUUUGCAAGGCGUCUUUAGUGAAUCCUCAGAACCAUAAAGGAAAGCUGCACGGAUUAGCCAGUGUAGAGUUUUCCGCCGGUAUUGCGUCCUUCAGUGAUCUCUCUAUUGAUCAUGAAGAUAAGAACUAUAUCCUUAACUUUGAAGCUUUCACUGUUGCACCAUCUCGAUACCAGUUCUCUAUCAAUGCUACUCCAUUUGAUGUGAAAGAGAGGGUCCUGGAACUGGUUAUAACUCAACAACCAGGUGACUGUAAUGACACCGUUCUAUGUGGUUCUCAACCUAUCCUCGAAAUCCGAGACACAGCUACGAACACUCUGGUCGGGAAUUUAGGCUGGCGCAAUAGAACCUGGACGAUUCGAGCAUCCAUGGAACAGGGAGCUGGAAACGAGGUACUAAUCGGCGAAACUCAAUUCCAGAUCCCAAGCUCUGGACGCGCGGAGAUUUCAAACCUGAGUUUUUAUGACGUUGCGUCAGGCUAUCGAAUGAAAUUUAACGUGACUGUCACUCCGUACUCUCAAGCUUACUCGGGACUCUUUGCCAUAUCAAAAACUUUCGAUGUAACACCACGGCAGUUCUAUCUGAAGGUUGUCACGCAAGUGGCGAAUGCGAAUCAGUCAGUGGUAUUUGGCACGCAACCUGUUGUGGAGGUACGCGACUUGGGGACAGGAAGAAAAGCCACGCCCCUGAAGUCUCCUUGGUGGGUGGCCGUGUCACUUUACUCUAAUCCGAAGCUGGGACAGUCAUUCCUAAAUGGAACAUUCAAUGUUUCAGUAGUCAACGAGCGAGCUGUGUUUACAGACCUUCUUGUGACAUUGUAUGGGGUUGGUUAUGUGUUGAAGUUUGAGUCAAGGUACGGCCACAGUGUACUGUCAGCUCCUUUUGAGGUCCAUUACGUCAAUGACUACUCUCCAGUCUUCACCAGUCGCAAUUACAGUGCUACUAUCAACGAAGGUGUAGCGAUCAGUUAUCAGGUCAUCAACAUCCAUGCCACGGACAAUGACACAGGAAGCCAGGGUGACGUCUUCUAUGCACUGAACGGGGGAAACAUCGGCAGCAGCUUCAACAUCAACAGAACCUCCGGUGCCAUCACCACCGCCGGCAAAGUAGACCGUGAAACAACCGCUGUAUACAGCUUCAUUGUAAAAGCUUUCGAUGGAGCUGUUGAAGAAAAAGUUCGUUUCACCGAGGAGCACGUUAUGGUGUAUAUUCUCGACCUUAAUGACAAUGCUCCAGAGUUUACCAACGAUGGCCUCACUUCUUUCGUAAAGGAAACCGCUGACAUCAAUGACGUCAUUCUUCGGGUGGACGCACUGGACCGUGACGCGGGAGAAAACGCUGUGUUGCGAUUUUCAAUCAUAUCCGGGAACAGUGAUGGUUAUUUUGACAUCAACCCUGCUACAGGGGACAUUUUUGUGAACAGAUCGCUUGACCUGGAAGGAUCAGCCCCACCUCUUCUAAACUACAGCUUAGGUAUUAACGUGACCGACCAAGGCUUACCCGCGCUGAGUAACUUCACUGUCGUUACAAUAAGCAUCUCGCCCGUCAAUGAAUUCUCGCCCCAGUUUACUCACAAUCAAUCGGUCUCGGUUAUCGUGAAGGAAAAUCAGCAUCCUGGAAAUGGUCUGGUGUUGUUUGACGUCAAUGCUGCAGAUAAAGAUUUUGGAGAGCAAGGAAAAGUUCAGUAUUCCAUUUACGACGGUAACAAUGACAGCAAAUUCCAGGUGAACUCGUCUUCUGGUGUCGUCAUGUUGAUGUCAUCACUGGAUUAUGAGGCCGCACCUCUCCGUACAUUGAUAAUCCGUGCGUCGGACAGUGAUCCUGGCGGUCAUGCGCGCUACACUGAUUUCUACCUGCACGUGCACGUUGAUGAUGUGAACGACAAUGCUCCUGAGUUUGCUGGUAGUGUAGUCACUGUACUGGUGCCUGAGACUCUGUCAGUAGGGAAAGCCGCUGCGAAGAUCCAGGCCACUGAUCAAGACUCGGGUGAAAACGGCCGUGUGACUUACGUCAUCGUCUCGGGAAACUCGGACGGGUAUUUCAGUCUGAACUCCAACACUGGUGAACUAACAACACUAAGGAGCCUCGAUUUAGAGUCCGCUCAAGCCCCUUACCCAAACUUCACGCUUGUAGUAGUAGCAAGGGAUCAUGGGAGUCCUCAGUUGACUAGCAAUGCAACAUAUGUGUUGAUGAUCAGCAGCGUGAAUGAAUUCUCGCCACAAUUCACACGUCCCGGGUCUUCCUUACAGAUUCCGGAAGAUAAUGCUGUGGGGGCCAUGUUGCGUCACUUGACUGCCACAGAUAUGGACUUUGGUCCUGAUGGAUUGGUCACAUACCAGAUAGUUUCUGGAAACGAAGACAGACGUUUCCGUAUUGAACCAACUUCCGGAAAAAUAUUCAUUCACGCGCCACUGGAUAGAGAGACGAAAUCGACAUACAGCCUGAAAGUAAAGGCUUUUGAUAGGCCCUCUCAAGCAGCCAAUCAGAGGUCAUCUAUUAUCUUUGUGAAUGUGACACUGACGGAUGUUAAUGAUAACAAACCAGUCUUCAACAAAGGUUCUUAUUACGCCGCUGUCAUGGAGACUGCGAGCAUCGGUGGUGACGUCAUCACGGUGCAGGCAACUGAUGCUGACGCAGGAGUAAAUGGCCAAGUUCAAUACAAAAUCAAGUCUGGCAACAAUCAUGAGUUCUUUGACAUCGACACUGACACUGGGACAAUACGAGUUAAAAACAGCCUCGAUCUGGAAUCACAAAAACACGUGGAUGAUUUACUGUACACUCUGACAGUUGAAGCAUCGGAUAGAGGUCAAGUAUCACUUAGCAACGAUGUGCUGGUUACCAUAGAAAUAAAGUGUGUGAACGAGUUCCCGCCAAAGCUACAACAUUCCGAAAGUAUUUACGUGAAAAUCCCAGAAGACACUGCCAUUGGCGCGAGAGUUGCAGAUAUCAAUGCGACUGAUAAAGACUUUGGCCUGGAUGGAAUACUCACUUAUUCGAUAAUUAGUGGCAACGAAGACAAUAAGUUCGAUAUCAACCCCAGCACCGGUAUCAUAACUGUUAAAAACGAGCUCGACUAUGAAACUGUUGUGAGAUACUCUCUUGUGAUACGAGUAAGCGACAACGCUCCACCGGCUCAGCGGCUUUCCACUGUUGCCAAGGUAACAGUUCGGUUGACGAACGUGAAUGACAGCGGAGGUGUGGAUGUGUUGAUAGAGGAUGUCCUUAGCAGAAUAACGCCGCCAGGGGAUCCUGCUGAUGUCGCAGGGAUACCAAUGAGUAGCCCGAUAUCUGUGGUAUUGCUGUAUGAAAAUGGAAACAAAGUAAAGCUCUCCUCUGAUGACAGCAGACUGACAUUUGACGACAAGUCCGAAUCACGUGGUCUUUUCACAGUUGUCCAAGCUGACGACAAGAAGAUUAUUAAAGCAAACAGCGCCGGAUUGCUGGGUCAAGGUGUCCUCAUUGUUCGUGUUCACAACGUUUACAAUGUUCGCGUCACAGUAAAUGUGGUGGGUUACUCUUCGCUACAGUUAACAGCUGUUCCUUAUCCAGUCAUUGAAGGAUCGAAUGCCACUUUGACGUCGUUGAAGCGUAUAGGAAGUCUCCAUGGAAACGUCCAGUUGGCUGCUCUCAAGCUAUGCCUCGUUUUGACGGAUAAGUCCACCACCGAUGUUUCCACGAUGACGUCGACAUCAUUUCGUGUCGUAAGCAAUGACGUAGGAGUUAAAGUUUCCAUGGAUUCUAUUCCUAAGAACGUGCUGUUUAUAGACAGGACGAGCACAAGCGGGUACAUGAGCUUUCGUGGGCAGUUCUCCGGUAAAGAGUCGGGGAAUCUUGUUCUCGAAGUUUCAACGGAAGUAAUAACAGUUAAUGAAAUCCUUGCCGUGGAAAUAAUCGGGCUCAGGAAUCAAACUCUUUUGGGUCCAGUGUUGUCCACGCAGGCCCAGGUUCAAGUAGACUUUGUUAUGAAUGAUAGCUCUGUGCUUAGAGUGCAAAAUUUCUCCGCAAUCUCUGGACUUGUAGCAUUUAAAAUCAGUCACGAAAAAGCAGCUUCGGUUGACCGCGUGACGGGGGUUGUUAUGCUGCUGUCAGACUAUCAUGACUUGGUGACCGUGACAGUCACUCCGCUUCAGGGUCUUGGAAAACCAAAGCAUGUGCAAUUGUAUUGUAACACAGUCCCACCAGUGGGUGGUGUUGACAUUGGACAGGAGUACGGCCCAGCAGUACCAGCAUUAAUAGCUAACCAGAGAGUUACCAUUCCUUUACGCGUGAAUCCUGGCAAAUCAAAGCUUCUUGCCUUUGAUUUGAAGAUUUUGUACGAUGAUCGCCAAGUUCGGUUUGUUGAACUGAAAAGAAGCAGUGCCUACUCCCACACUAAAGGACAACUGCAUUUAGCUGAUGUGACAAAUCCCGAUGAUGCAAGUCCGCAUGUUGCUGACCCGGUUUUCGAUUCAUUAGUCGACGGCGUGCUUAGCAUCCAAGCCUCGGUGAACAUGUUAAUUGACAAAAGGCUGGGAUUCAUUGGGAACUUUGCACCAGCUGUGACGUCAUGCAAUGCGCUACCGCUGGGCGAUGCUAACGCGGAUUGUGUGUUCGAUAUCCGGGACGCUGCUUUCACAAUGGCAUAUAGUCUAGCACAGGAAAAGAACUUCGUCGGUGAAUUUGAGCAAACGAUGUCAAAAAGCACGACUGAUACAAUGCAACAAAUUAUGGACUUCAAUCUCAAUGGAGUCGUAGAACGAAAUGACGCCUAUCUGCUAGCUCGUGCGAAUAUGGACAUGGUGCGAUUCGUUCGUUCCCUUCACGUGAACUUCCCUGAUCACCAGAAUAAAUCAACAGAUUGCGCACUUGAAGUAACAGCCAAGCUAAGCACAAGAGAUGGAAAGAUGGAAACAGAUUCAAACACGAAAGUGUACUUCGAAUUUGCCAGCAGGGAGAAGGUCUUGAGCUUGCAACUUAUGGGCACCUCAUUCGACUCCGGAGAGCUGAUAACAACGUACGAUAACCUGAACGAAUUAUUUGGAGGCAUCGUGAAGGCGGAGAGUCGAGACGAAAGUUUUCAUGUGAUGGCUAAAAACUCCAAGAUAGAAAUUUCAAACAUGGGUUUGUCAAUGAUUCAAGUUACCCAGGAUGCUCUGCGCCAGGCAGUAGUGACUCCGCUGUUCAAGUUCUCGCGCGUUCCAAUGUUCUCUACAACACUCCAAGUCCAGUUGUCACCAAAUGCUGAUAUGGUGAUAAGGAGUGGCCAUUCAUCUCAGUUGACGGUCAACGUUACAGAGUCCUAUGCAACAUGUCAAGAUCCACCUGAUACGAAGAACGUCAUGUUUGUCUUUGAAAACGAUUUUACCGAAGUCGAAGGCAACGAAGACUCUUUUGCAAAAACUAUUAUUACGGACUUAACGGCGAGAUUCCCAUGGGCGAAGAUUGGUAACAUGAGAUUUGCACGCGGAAGCAUACUGGUUUAUUUUGACAUCACAACCCAGACAUCCCGGAUGGACAAAACUCUCGUUGCAUUAUGGGAUAUGUUGAAGUCAGGGUAUACUGUGCGUGUCAACAGCAAUGAGUAUCAAGCGCAAAAAGUCAUGCGCGUAGACGGGGAGGAUUAUCACGGCAAUGAUACGCUGUCCAUCGCCGGUGACGACCAAUCCGCAUUUCCAACAGCUGCGGUCAUCGCUGUAUGCGUGGUGGUUACUGUUGUUGUUAUUGUUGCAGUGGCCUGCUUCUGCGUGAGGAAACGGAUCAAGUCAAGAAAAGACAGAUUUUCGUGGAAGAACUCGAGUAAAAUCAAUAUUAUCGAUUCGCGUUCAACCUCGCGCAUGAGCAGUGAGGCAGCAGAUACCGAGAUGGUCCUGAUUGGUGGAUUCUCCAAUGACAGCUUCGAUUACUCUGAUAGCGAAGCGUCUAUAUCGCCGAGAUCGUCUUCCCGAAACUCACUCGCACAGAUUGACAAUUUUUCAAAACGAAAGUUAAGAAAAGUUCAGUCUGCCUCUUCACAGGUGUCUGUGGAGGCGUGGUCCGAAAGGGGUUCUCCUGCGCUUGUAAGACGUAUUUCUACUCCCCAAGUCCCAGUCUCUUCUCUUGCAUCAAGUGCGAUGCUAAAAGCAACGGCACCUGCUGGAAAACUGCUGACCAACAAGCAGAAAAGUGACAGCAAGCUUUUGACGGGGGUAAACUCCUCAACGGAAGGAUCGCCGCUGGAUUUGAGCCCACGAACGCCAAAGCGAGGCAAGUCGCCGCAGAAAAGAUUGCCAGCUCAAAACAGCUUGUGCAAUGUCAACAGUGAUUCUUCGGACGAAGAUUUCGCCAAAAGAGGGUCGUUAUCUUCGACGACUGGUGAGCAUUCUCCCAGCAAGAAAUCGCUGACACCACAAAUCAGUGGCUCGAAGUUGCUCGACCGAAGCCCGGAGCAUUUUGUCAUUGAGAAAGCUGUAUUGCACAAGAGACUGAGGCCACAAAAAUCACCAGAAGCUGGGUCACGCGAUUCCAGUCUUUCAAGUUCAGGCCACAGUACACCCAGAGAGAUUGUCACCUCGCUUCCCCCAGGAUUCAUUGGGAACAGCUACGAGCGAAACGAUAUCACAGUAGAGGAGGAAUCCUAUACAGUAAGGCUUCCUGUAAACGUUCUCAACACUGCAACUGGAGGAGAAGGAAGAAAGCCGUUCACAAAGAUCGGUUUCGUCGAAUUUUCUAGCGAUGCUACUCUGAGUGAGAUCCGAGCUAAACUCAAGAGAGAAUUUUCAGCCGUUUUACACGGCAGGGUUUUCUUGUUCCAGGACUCCAUGAUGGCUGAUGUUGAACCUUCCAGUGAGGAAACAACCAAAAGCAUGUACAACUUGUCGGUGAUCAUUAGAUUUGUCAACAACCAAGAAGCAGCCCAGCUGUUCUGUCCGUGUGGCGCUGUGGCUCAUUUCCAGUGCUCUGCUUGCUGCAAACGUGGUUACUGUGGCCGUGAUUGCCAAUCGAAGGACUGGCGCCACCAUAAGAACACAUGUGAAUCUGAACAGGUUUCCAGUGUUUAACUAGCAACCACGGGAAUACCACGAUAACUUUAAGCUCUAUAGUUUCACUUUAGCAUUCUAAAAGCUAUUCUUUAGAAACACCGACUAUUUUUAAUGUUUUUGAAAAGUUUCAUUUUGUGUGAAAAUUACCUACGUUUUGAAGUUGCAUUCUUUCAUCGGUUUUUAAAAUUCAUUAAAAAAUAGUGUGUGAAAAUGGCUUCCAAAGCCGUUAUUAUAGUUCGUGUUUUAUAGUCGUGUGUGUGUUCGACGAUUUAGAGAAGUUUACAUUGAAAUAUCGAGCAUUCAUGCAGGUUCAUAAGUGCAAGGUCUAUACGAGAUUCCAUAGUUCGGAUCAAGACCGACCAUGGUGACUGGUUAUCACAUGGAGUCACACAAUAAACAUGCGUCUUUGCCCACUCUCCCCCCUCUCCCCCUUCUUGACUUAAGUGCACUACGCUAUCCGAGUUUUGAUACAAAGUGUGUGGAGACGUUUUAAAUACCAAGAGUAUUUAUGUAGAAUCUACUGUAGUGGCAAGAAUUGUACGAAAUAUCAACAAUAAAAUACUCUCAGAGAA